AUGAUCAAUGAGCCGUCUUCAGACGACAUCAAUGCCGAAAACGCGAGUUCCGAGACUUUCGCUCAAAUUCUAGAUGGGAAGACACGCUAUAUUUACGCUAUGGACAGCGAUAUAUUGCUACAACGCAAGACCUAUACAACUCGAACCGAUGACAUUGACCCGGUUACAGUGCAAGAAGAGCGAAGACGCCGUAUCGCCACGGCCGAAGAGGUCAGGUGGUCGAUCCUGAAAGCCGUCCUGAGAGGAGCAACCACAGCGAUGACUUACAAAGAGGCUCGAGAAGCCAGGAAUGACAACGUCCUGUACUACACGGGUGUGAGCAGAAGAAAGGUUGACGAAAACCAGCCCGAGACGUCGUUGAGACUCGUGGUGCCAACCACAAUGAUCCAAGAGGUGCUACACAACUGUCAUGACUCCAUCGAAGGAGGGCACCAAGGUGUCGUUCGCUCUUACCAAAGAGUGAAACACGACUACUACUGGAUCGGUCUCUAUGCAGAUGUGGAAAACAUCUCGAGUAAGAGCUUACCGCAGCUCCGAGGCUAUUCACCUGGCAAUGUGCUCGCAGAGCGACCAUUCCAGGUGGAGUCAAUGGACUUUGUGAUCCCACUGCCGAGAUCUCGUCGAGAGAACACUGCCUUAUUGCUCGUUUACUGGGUUCGUAAUCGAUAA